GCCUGUUAGAUCGGUGUGAAAAAAGCUCGCUGCGUGUACAGAAUACUCCGCCGCCGCCGCUAUCACCAACGUCGUCAAACACCUCAAACUGACUUCCACCUGUCUCGUGCGCGCUCGUUUCUCUUGCUCUCACAUUUUUAAAACUACCCUCCUUAAAAAAUACAAGCCACCUACAAAAAAAGAGGGACUCACAACCUUAAAAGUCCCAGUUCUGCAACUUUUUUUUCGUAUUCUUCUUCUAAGUUUUUUUUUUGGGGACGAAUAUAAUAAAAUUGGACAUGGAAAUAAGCAGCCAAUCGAGAAAUAUUCUGCGUUCAUUCAUCGAGUGGGAUUGAUUUUGACAAGAAUUUCCAACCAACAACAACAAAAAAAAAAACGAAGGACCUUUUAAAAACUUCGUCCUUACAAAUAGUUGAAAACAUCGUUAAAUCGAAUACUCACGCAACACUUAUUGUAACGGAAGCCAUUACAUAACACACACUGGAAACUAUUCUAUUCCGUCGGUGGGCUUUGGAUUUACUCAAGGUUUUGGGGAUUUCAAACUAACAAAAAACUAAUUACUUAAUGUCUCCGUCGAGAAUAUUAAAUAUUCGAAAUUCAAUUUCAAAUGGAAAUAUAAAUAUAAAUUCAAUUGUUUUGCGAGCACAUGUGCGGGCUACGUUUUAAAACCCGAAAUAGCCCGUCUCAGAAGACGUCCUUGCGCUGGGGUGAUAGCUGUUGGUGUGUGUCUGUCUAAAAGGUUCCCGUGGAAGGAAUUUCUUCCUUUAUUGAAUCCCACAAAGAAUAAGCUAAUAAAAUAAUCUUUCGCGAAAGAAACAAUUUCCUAUACGAUUUAUUUUAUAUAUUAAAAUAAAUUAAAAAAAAAAGAAUUAAGUGAAAAUUUAAACUUUAAGUUUAAAAAUUCAUAUUUAAAAUAUUUUGCUACACAUACAUUAUACAUGAAUACAUACAUAUUAUACAUGUGUAUGAUAUAAGAUAUAAUAUCUAUUCUAUAUAGUUUGUGAAAAUGUCUGUGAUUUGUGAUUUAAAUGAAGAAAAAAAUGAUAACAACAAAUUAAAAAGGAAAUUUUGUUAAGAUUGUUACGAAUUUGUGGAAAACCUAGAAAAAAUUCAAAGAAGAAUUUGAGAAGAAAAAAGCUUUUAUUUUUCCUAUUAAGUGUAAUAUCGAUAAGAAAAUAUUUGCUCUAUAGUCAUCCCACAUAUUAUACCUUAUAUCCUUGUUGAAGACUAUACCAUCUUCAAGUAGUAGUUGCAACCAUGAUUAAUAUCGCCGGAGUAGUGAGCAUCGUGCUCUUUUAUCUACUUAUAUUAGGAGUGGGUAUCUGGGCCGGACGGAAAAAGGAAGCUGGCAAUGAUUCCGAAGAAGAGGUUAUGCUUGCAGGAAGAUCGAUUGGAUUAUUUGUUGGUAUAUUUACAAUGACAGCAACUUGGGUUGGCGGAGGUUAUAUAAAUGGAACAGCUGAAGCCAUCUACACACAAGGACUGGUAUGGUGUCAAGCACCAUUCGGUUAUGCACUCAGCUUAGUUUUCGGUGGUAUCUUCUUUGCGAAUCCCAUGAGGAAGCAAGGUUAUAUUACUAUGCUGGAUCCGUUGCAAGAUUCAUUUGGUGAACGGAUGGGUGGAUUGCUGUUUUUGCCAGCUCUGUGUGGCGAGGUGUUCUGGGCUGCUGGUAUUCUCGCUGCUCUGGGUGCAACAUUAUCUGUCAUCAUCGAUAUGGAUCAUCGGACAUCUGUGGUCCUUUCAUCGUGCAUUGCUGUCUUUUAUACACUCUUUGGUGGAUUAUAUUCUGUAGCUUAUACGGACGUUAUACAAUUGUUUUGUAUAUUUAUUGGCUUGUGGAUGUGCAUACCAUUUGCAUGGGCCAAUGAUCACGUCAAGAGUUUGUCCUCAAUGGAUGUCGAUUGGAUUGGAUCUAUUGCUCCUGAAAUGAAAUGGUUUUAUAUAGACUAUGGAUUGUUAUUGGUAUUUGGCGGAAUUCCAUGGCAGGUCUAUUUCCAACGAGUAUUAUCGAGUAAGACUGCUGGCCGAGCACAAAUUUUAUCCUAUGUUGCCGCAUUCGGUUGUAUCCUAAUGGCCAUCCCACCGGUUCUAAUUGGAGCAAUUGCAAAGUCAACUGCUUGGAACGAAACUGACUAUAAGGGUCCAUACCCACUGACUGUUGACCAGACCAGUAUGAUACUUCCUAUGGUGCUGCAAUACUUGACACCUGAUUUUGUGUCGUUUUUCGGACUUGGUGCUGUUUCUGCGGCUGUGAUGUCCUCCGCCGAUUCUUCUGUUUUGUCGGCAUCGUCCAUGUUUGCCCGCAAUGUCUACAAAAUGGUUUUCCGUCAAAAUGCAUCCGAAAUGGAAAUCAUUUGGGUUAUGCGAGUUGGUAUUAUAGUUGUUGGUAUAAUGGCAACUGUAAUGGCACUAACAAUUCCUUCAAUUUAUGGACUAUGGUCAAUGUGUUCCGAUCUGGUUUACGUCAUUCUGUUCCCACAAUUGCUAAUGGUGGUACAUUUUAAGCACCACUGCAAUACUUAUGGCAGCUUAGCAGCAUACUUGGUGGCCUUUUUUGUGCGACUGUCAGGCGGAGAGCCCUUAAUGGGACUUGAUGCAUUCAUUUACUAUCCUGGUUAUGAUGAAGAAACUAAAACUCAAUUGUUUCCCUUCAGAACGAUGGCAAUGAUAAUGAGUCUAUUCACAUUGGUAUUUGUAUCCUGGUGGACAAAAAUGAUGUUUGAAUCUGGGAAACUUCCACCGAACUAUGAUUAUUUCAAAUGUGUGGUCAAUAUUCCUGAAGAUAUUGUUAGAGUGGGCGAACCAUCAGAAGCUGGCGAGCAGCUUUCUGUGAUGGCGGGUCCACUGGCACGUUCUUAUGGUGCUGCCACAAUGGUUGGAAAAGAUGAGCGUAAUGGCCGAAUAAAUCCAGCUUUAGAACCAGAUGAUGACUUGCCAGUUGCCGAAGCGCAACGUCAAUAUCAAUUAUCAAUGGGAAGUGGCGGUGGUGGAGGUCAACCAGGAACUACAGCUGUGCCAACUGCUGAGGAUAAUACAUCCUUCUAAUAGAGUGAAAUCAUAAAAUAAAAUCACAACAUCAUUAGCCACUAAAACUACAGACGUAAAUAUUAUACAACCAGAUUAAAACUAAACUCAUAAAAAAAAAAACUAAAAAAACAAAAACAUAUCAAAUUAAAAUUAAAAAUUAUAAUUAUUUUUAUAAAUAUACACAAAAUCUAUUGUAUAUUUUCUAAGUUACAAAUUUAUUCAUGUUCUAAAAGUGAUAUUAUUGUAAAAUUAUUUCAAAGUUACAUAUUUUAUUAUUAUUAUUUUUUUUUUUUUUUCUUGGCUUUUGAAUAUUGUUGGAGAGAUGUUAAGUGCUCAGGUAUAUUUAUUGAUGGAUAUCAUUAAAAUUAGUUCUAUAUACACAUUUACUACAAAAAUAGUUUUAUACAUAUUUUAAAUAUGAAACAAAAAAACAUUAUUUUAUUAAUUUCAUUAUUUUUAGUUUUAUUUUAAUUUUUAUAGUCAAAUUUUUAUAGAAAUUCUUAAACGAAGUAUUAAAACCUAAAUAAAAAAUAAACUAUACCAACUAUCUACUAAAUGUAAACAAAAUAAAUCAAAAGACAUAUCUGCAAUCCUAUACUAUAUUAUAGAAACAAAAAAUACGAAAGCCACUGCAACUGAACAUAUCACUGUGAAUAAUAAGUUAUUAUUUAUUUAUUGCUAAAGUUAAACUUAGCCUCUCUUUGAAGGUUAUAGAUAACUUUAAAAGAAAAAAAACUUAAAAAUACAGGAUUUAUAAAUAUACAUAUAGAAUUAAUGUAUAGGAAUUCAAAAUGAAAUAUUAAAACUAACAAAAUUAAAUAUAAUUCAAAAUUUGUUUUUUAAACAUUGCAACUUAAAACAAGACGUGAAUAUUGGCUUGAUUUUUUGUUUU